AUGGCAAGGAAUGAAGCAACUAAACAAAAGAGAUGGGAAGGCACAGUAAGAUCUAAAAUAAAAGGGGUCAGUAAGGAUUGUGUAUGGCCUUUUCUAGCGGACUUCUUCCAUUGGCAAACAAUCUUCCUCGCCAUCGAGAGUUCUAUAGGAGUCAAGGGCAUUUCGGGACAUAUAGGCUGCGUAAGGAAUGUUACCGUCAAACCUGAAGGAGGCUUUGGUUGGGAGGCUAACUAUAGUAGAUGGGGUUUAGAAAAACUUGUGGAUGUAGAUCACACUCGCAAAUGGAUGAAGUAUGAGGUUCUUGAUAAUACCUUUGGCUGGAAUAAUUACGAGGCUACAAUAACCCUUUUACCCUUUGAAGGGAUUACAAUUGGUUGUGAGUUUAUUUGGUCGUUUUCUCUUGAUCCCGUAGAAGAUGGGAGGUCAUUAGAUAUUAUGAUGACUGAUUAUAAAGCAACCCUUGCAUCUGUUUCUGCGCGGGUGAAGCAAUUGUGUGGGGUUUUAAAAUGA